ACCGCUGUAAAUCAACCCCUUCAGCUGCCUGUGGCAGAUUCCCUCACUGUGGUCGGUGCUACAGGGAGAGGAACCAAGUGUCCAGUGUAUGCCCCAGCAGAAUGUGCUUUGGGAGACAGAACUCUCUCCCACAAGCUGGUUUACCUCCCUGACUGUCCAACGCCUCUACUAGGACGGGAUCUGCUUUGUCGCUUAGGUGCAACCCUGCAUUUCACCCAAGAUGAAAUCACUCUCACCCUACCCCCAGAGAAUGCCUGGAUAAUGACUCUUGCAGUUGAGCCCUCAGCCAUGCAAGCCCCAGAGUGGAGCCAGUGGGAGGACCAGGUUUUUCCUCUAGUAUGGGCAUCGGGGGUCCCAGGAAAGGCAGCCCAUCAUACCCCCAUUAAGGUUCAGCUCCUGCCAGGAAAAGGUCCAGUGCGGAUCAAGCAGUACCCGAUCAAAAGGGAAGCCAGAGAAGGGCUGCAGGAAACUAUAGAUCGGUUUUUGAAGUAUGGGGUACUGCGAGAAUGUCAGUCAGCCUGGAACACUCCCAUCCUGCCUGUUCGAAAGCCCAAUGGCACAUAUCGGUUGGUCCAGGACCUGAGGGCGGUUAAUGAGCGGGUUAAGACUCUGCACCCCCUUGUUCCAAACCUGUAUACACUUUUGGCAUCUAUAGGGGGGCAGUACACCCACUUCUCGGUCCUGGACUUAAAAGAUGCUUUCUUCACAAUUCCGGUUGAUACUCAAUCUCAGGAGAUUUUCUCCUUUGAAUGGGAGGAUGAGAAAAGAGUUAAGAAACAGCUUUGCUGGACCGUGUUAGCUCAGGGAUUUAAAAACUCCCCCACCCUUUUCAGCCAGGCUCUGGCUAGAGACUUGGAAGAAUGGGAUAAUGCGGACAAAAUCCUCCUCCUGCAGUAUGUAGAUGAUUUAUUAAUUGCAGCUGUGGGUCUGACUCCUUGCCUUAAGGCUACUGUGAGCCUCUUGAAUUUUGUUGGACUACGAGGAUAUCGGGUAGCUCGGAGCAAGGCUCAAAUUGCCCUCUUAGAAGUACAGUACUUAGGGUUUCACAUACGGCAGGGAGAGAGACAGCUUUCAAAUGAAAGAAAGGAAGCAAUCUGUCAAAUCCCUGUCCCCAGCAAUCGUAAACGGCUUAGGGCUUUUCUGGGCAUGGCAGGCUUCUGCAGAAUAUGGAUCCCAGAGUUCGGAUUAUGGGUUAAACCUUUGUAUGAAUGUGUUAAGGGAGCAGACCACGACCCCUUUCACUGGUCCUCAGAAGCUGACAAGGCAUUUAAAGUGUUAAAGAGAAAACUAAUGGAAGCUCCAGCCCUCGGUCUGCCUGACCUUUCUAAGCCGUUUCAACUGUAUGUGCAUGAAAGAAAAGGAGUAGCCCUGGGAGUACUUACUCAAUUAUUAGGAACUUGGAAACGUCCUGUGGCAUAUUUCUCUAAACAACUGGAUCAAGUUGCCAAGGGGUGGCCAGCGUGCUUGCGAGCAGUCGCGGCAACUGCCCUGGUGCUUGGUGAAGCGGAGAAACUGACUUUGGGGGGAACUGUGCAGGUGUAUACCCCUCAUAUGGUCCAAGCCCUGCUGGACACUAAGGGUGGUCUCUGGCUCACCCAGGCUCGGGUAGCUCGGUACCAGGCUAAACUCCUAGAAAAUCCUGAGGUUUCCCUGCAAACCUGCCCCUCUCUUAACCCAGCCACUAUGUUGCCAGAAACAGAGGAGCAGGAACAUGACUGUUUAGAAAUCAUAGAUGCCCAAUACUCCAGCCGUGCAGACUUAAAAGAUCAGCCACUCCCAAAUGCAGAAUAUGAGUGGUACACUGAUGGCAGCAGCUUUGUCACAGAUGGACAAAGGAGGGCGGGUUAUGCUGUUGUAACUCUCCACGAAACUGUGGAAGCAGAGGGUUUGCCUGUCGGAACGUCAGCCCAGUUGGCUGAAUUGAUAGCCUUAACCCGUGCACUCGAAUUGUCAAAAGGAAAAAGAGUUAACAUUUUUACUGAUUCCAGAUAUGCCUUUGGAGUGCUGCAUGCUCAUGCUGGUUUAUGGAAGGAAAGAGGAAUGCUGAAAGCUGAGGGUUCUCCAGUUAAAUAUGGGACACAGAUCCUCCGGCUUCUGGAAGCGGUACAGCUCCCCUUGGAGGUAGCAGUUGUACACUGCAAGGCUCAUCAACGAGAGGAUCAGAACGUAGCCAAGGGCAACGCUAGGGCCGACAGGGAAGCCAAGCGAGCUGCCACCCUGAAACCAUUGGGAGCUGAGGAGGCCCAUAUGCAUGCUCUCAUCCCAUCAGUGGGUGAGCUCCCAGCCCCUCAGUACUCUCGCGAAGAAAGGAACUUGGCUAAUUCACUUGGGCUCCAGGAAAAGGAGGGAUGGCUCCACUCCACAGAAGGGAAAAUCCUCCUACCUAAAAGCCUAAUACGGCCAGUACUACAGAAACUACAUCAGACUACUCACGCUGGAAGGGAAGCUCUCAGAAUGAUUCUCUCCCAGUCUAUGUUAAUGGCAAAUCUAAUUCUACCGCCCGAGUUGGAGCUCUUAGUGGUGCCCGAGCAGAACAAUGGAGAAUUUGCCAAUGAGACCCUGGCCAUAGAGAAAAGCCUUAACUCAGAGCUUUAUCAGCUCCGGUUGCUGGCCUUGCAGAACAGACAGGCCCUGGAUUAUGUUUUAGCUUCUCAGGGCGGGGACCCUUCCGGGAAUGAGGCCGUUUUCCCCAUCACCGGCGUGGGAUUGCACGACAGAGGGAUGUACACCUGCUGGUAUCGCACCAAAUCAGAACUAACUGAAUGGUCAAAGCACAGCGACCCCGUGGAGCUGGUGGUAGCAGAGCCCUCUCUGCCCAAGCCCUCCACCUCCGUCCACCCCAGCCGGGGGGUCUCCGUGCGGGAGCCGGUCGCUGUGUCUCACCCCGGCGACCUCGCGCUGCUCGUGCCCUGGGAGAAGGAGCCACGGUGGGUCUGA